AUGGCUGACCCCUGGGCCGAUCCCGUCGGGGGAGGCUGGGGCAGCACCGCCAGCGCGGGACCCGUCGGAUCUCCCCGGAAGUUCUCCAUGGCGCAGAGCGUGGACAAGCUCGGGGUGGACUCCGAGAACGUCCCGCUCACCGCGCUCGCGGGACGGUCCGGACGGACCCCUAGCAAGCGCAUGACGAUGGGUGGGCCCACGAUGGUCCCCUAUCGCGGAAGCCCCGUCACAUCUCCCCUGCGUAACCGAAGCAACGAAUGGCACGAUCAGCCGAUGAGCCCUCCGAGCGCCCCUCCGAGCGCCAUGGGCCCUCCCCCACCCAAGCCAUCCGACCGCCGGGCGACGCUGAACCCGAGUCAGAUGCAGGAUUGGAAGCGGCCCGGCGGCGGCGGCGACUCAUUCUCCCUCAACUCCGCUCCCGCGCCGCCGCCUUCCACGCACCACGACGCCGCGUCCGAUCCGUGGGGCGCGGGUACCACCUGGGAGCGCGAUUCCCCCGCCGCGAAGGCCCAGGCUGCCAGACGCAGGCAGACCAGUUACGUGCCCGGAACCGGCACCCUCGGAAGCUACGGCGGCCCGGCUCAACACUCGGACAGGCGCGCGAGCAACGGCGCGCAGGACGAGUUCCACUCCGUCCCGUCCUCGCCGUGGGGCUCCCCCGCCAAGAACCCCGCGCCGCCGUCGGGUCCCGCGGGCGGCGGCUACUACCACGGGUCGUCGGCGCCCGGAGGUGUCGAGCCGUCGCCCCCGUCGGCUCCUCCCCCGCCCCCCGGCGCGAACUCGUACAGGACGCACCAGUCCGCGGCGCCCGUCUCACCCGUCAAGCAGCACGGGUACUCGCACAGGGACGUCGCGUCGGAGCGCCAUCAGGGUCGGGAGGAUCCCUGGGGGGCGCAGCAGGGGCGCGGGUACGGCGGCGACGCGGGAUACCCGCGGGAUGACGGAUACGCAAACGGCGCCAGGGGCGGCGGCGGCGGCUACGGAGCGGCCAGGACUCAGCAACAGCACCACCAGGCUCCCCCGCCCCAGUCGCCGUACCCGAAGCCCGACGGCGGGUACUCCCACCGCCGCGACGAGAUGAGGAGCCCCGUCCGUGAGGCUAAGCCCGCGGCUCCCAAGCCGCCGCCCCAGGUCCCCGCCGCGGUGGCGCCGCACCUGAGGGGUUCUGAAUCCCUCUACGGUGGACCCAACGCGCACCUGCACGCGGCGCCGGGCGCGGCUCCGAGCAACGCCGUCGCGCUUCUCGGCGCCGCGCCCGAGGGCUGCUACCUCGGACCCUGGCGCGGAGACGAACGGGCCAGGGUGCUCGCGUACGAGGCUUGCCUGCAGGCGUGCCUCGAGGGUAGCCUCGGAACCAACGCGCCGCAACACAAGGUUGACAUGGCGGUUCACUUCCUCGCGGACCGCUGCUCGGAGCUCCGCAAGGGCUUCGGGAUGGACGGAAUCCUCGUCGGGUCCAGGGGAGACACCAAGACCAACGGGAGCGGCAUCGUCAGCGAGUUUGACGGCGGCGGCAAACCCUCGGUCAAGUCCCCGAAGAAGUUUGACAGGCGCAGAUCCCUCGGCCUGAUGGACACCGGCGGCGGACAACGGUGGAGCGGCGUGACCGUGGACGUCACCGAGGUGUCAAUCACCACGCGCGGGUGGAAGCGGUUCACCGGCGGCGUCGACCCCAAGGAUGUCUAUCAGGCGGCGAAGCACGGGGGAACGUACCAGGCUUUUAAAACCGCCACCGGGCCCGCGCCCAGCCGGGGAGACAUCUGCAGGGUGCGCGCCGAUAACGGCAUCGGCGGCAGCGGGGACCAGUGCACGGUAAACGUCGGGUUCGGCGACGCUCGCAUCAAGCUCGGCGCCGCGGACGAGGCUCUCAUCUUCGACAUCGACCUCGGCAACGGGAAGAUUGCGUCUGCCAAGUCCACCCUCGAGGACCUCGCCAACAUGUCCGGCGAGGGGCGCAACAUCGUCGAGAUGCCCCUCAAGUACCCCAACGGCAGGGAAAAGGGAUACAUCCGCUUCACCGCGCACCUCGAGCCCAUCGGCGGCUACGACUGGGGCGCGCCGCUGACCGCCCUGGAUCACCAGGCCACCGCGGGUGCGAACCACGGCGGCGACGCCAACGGCUGGGCCAUGUCCGCGAACGGACCCCUCCCGCCAACCGCCGCUUACGACGUCGCGCUCAGCGCGGGACUUCGCGCGCUCAGCUUCCACCGCCGCAGACUCGAGCUCACGGGACCCUGGGCGUGGCUCCUUCGCGAGCUUUCAGACCUGCAGGGCGUCUCCCCCAACCACACCAGCCUUCGAUACGUGCGACACGUGCUCGCCGUCGCGACGCCCACCGCGGACUGCCUCGCCGCGAUCCUCGACCACCUCGCGCCUUGCCUCCGCGAGAGCUCCGAGGGCAAGCUGACGACGAUCGAGGAGGACCAGCUGAGCGGUAUCCGCGGCGCGGUGGAGCAGCUCAUCGGCGUGUGCUUUCAAAACUACAAGAACCUGAGCGAGGACGAGCCGAGGGGUAUCGCGAAGCUGGUGCCCGAGCAGGUCCCCGCGCCGGCGCUGGCCAUCGCGCUCGAGCUCUUCAGGAUCCUGAGGCGCGACCCGCUCGCGCCCGAGUCCAUCCGCGCGCUACAGAACCACCUGCAGACCGCCGCGAGGUCGUGCUACCGACGCCACCACUCCGUGUUCCUUGGCGAACGCAGCAAAAACGGAGACGACGCCGACGACAACGACGACAGGGGCAACGCGAGGCUGUACACCGGCUUGUCGCAGCUCUGCCUCGGCCUGUGCCGUGAGAUUGGCACCGACCACGUCAUCCAGGACGCGGGCGUGCUGCCCGUCGGUAUCCGACUCCCCGCGCUGGCGUCUGGGGUGUACUGCACGGAGGCGGCGGGAUGCGUGUCAAAGAUGCUCACCGCGCAUCCUCCCCCCGCACCCCCGGGCGCCGAGGUCAUCGACCUCGUCGACUCCCUCUGCGAGCUGCAGGAAGCUGCCGUUUCCGCGGACGUUUCCGACCAGAACGUGGGCGAGCACGUGGAGCGUCGCCUCAACAACUGGGGCGGCCGAGAGCAGGCGUACCCCGGCGUCGACGGAGCACCCGCGGAUGGCGAACUGGACCCCAAGGCGCUCUUCGCGCCCCACGUGGACCGUUGGAUCGACGCCGCGAGGGAGCAACUCCUGCGCGGGUGCGUCGCGGCGGUGGGUAAGCACGGCGUGGGGGGCGCGGCGAUGGAGGAUGCCUACCGCGAGGCGCACCAGGCGCUCGAGGGAUUCGAGAGGGUGGUGGCGCGGUGGCCCGACGCGGCGGUGGCGCUGGAGGGUGUCCUCGCCGACGCCGACAGGCUCCUGCUGCAGAAGAUCAGCCAACUCGCGGACAGCCACGGCGGGUACGGCGCGCACGCGCACAAGGAGCCCAAGUACCACCAGCACCACGGCGUGAGGGAGAGCGUUCGGUUCAGCCACGCCGUGACGAGGCAAAACGGUGGUGGUGCACACUUUGACCACCUCGGCCGCGAUCACUCCCGCGAUCAGGUGACGUCCCCGACGAAGAACACCGUCGCCGGCGCGCUACACAGGCUCCGCAUGGGCAAAGCCGCCGCCGCCGCCGCGCUCCGCCAGGCGAGGUCCGCCGCGGCCAACGCGAGGACCAAACUCGAGAGCGUCGCGGCGGCUCGAGACGCGUCCGACCGAGCGGGACCCGACGACGGGUACGUGCCCACCGAGCUCGCCUCCGCCCUCACCGCGCUCAAGGCGAUGGAGGUGCUGCGCCCGGAAGUGUACCAGCGGCUCGUGCUGUGGGUCAGCGCGGCGGGCGGCGGUCAGCGCGCGGCGGGCGAAGAGUUUGGACGCAAGAGCACCGAGGUGACGGGGGAGCUUCGAGCGCAGUACGCCGCGCUGCUUCGCCGCGCCGUCGCCGGGGUGGCCGCAUCCGGUCCGUCCCUGCACCAGGCGCUGCGUCAGGUGGCCGCCAAGCCUCCCGGCGCCGCGUUCAAGCGCCAGAAGAAGGAGCCCAAGGCUCAUACACAGCAGGGCGGAUACGGCUCGGACCCCUACGGCGGCGGGGAUGAGUUUGAGUCCGAGGCGGCGCCGGAGGAGUCGGAGGAGGCGGCGUCGCGCGACGAGCUGGAUAACUGCGUGGGCCCCAUUCUGCAGCACGUGGACACGGUGGUGAAGGGCCUCAGGCGAGUCGUACCGCAGCGAAGGGCGCUCGUCGGGGUGCUGAGGGGUCUCUGGGAUUCCCUCGGCGCCGAGGCUCUCAAGUUCGUGGAGGAGGACCUGAGGCAGAGGUCGUCGUGGCGGCUCCGGCUGAUGGCCACCGGCGCGGUUGACAAGAUCAGCACGGCGAUCGUGGGGGCGAUUCGCGACGCGCUGGGGCACGACGUCAAGGAGAAGGACUUCGAGCCGCCGAUGCCCGUGCGCAAGCUCACGGACUUCAUCGAGGGCACCGCGUCCGAUUCCGUGAGCGUCUUCUAA